AGUUUUCAUUCUGGUUUGCUACUGAAAGUUUGGAAUAAAAUAAAAAUGAAGUAUCUCAUUCUCUUCGCUUUAUUUGCAUUUGCUUGUGCACAAGAAUGGCCUGAAUACGACAGACCAUGCUCGGAACGAAGUGCAAUAAUUCGCCCUCAAGUCAAGACAGCAUUCAAUGUUGCCGCUUAUUCUGGAACAUGGUUCGAAAUUGGACGUUAUCAACAACAAGAUGAACCUUUAGCUGAUUGUAUGUCAAGCAGUUAUAGCUGGGGAUUUAUUACUAACAGUUUCACUAUUGGACGUGUAGGAACUGUUUUGGAAAACGACACACCAUGGAGCCGUUCAGCAACUGCCCUCUUAGCUUUCCCAGAUGUGGAAAGAGAUGAUAGACUUGGAUUAUUGAAUGUUACUUACUACGCUGACAGAGAGGCUGAUCAGACUAAUUACUACGUAUUAGGCACAGAUUACUUCCAAUAUGCCGUUGGCUGGGGAUGUGAAGAUCUUGAUGAUAACCGAUCAAGAGAAUUCGCAUGGCUUCUGUCACGUACACCUGAAUUGCCAGAAGCAUAUCAAGAGCGUGUUGAUUUCUACGUUGACCAAUUCGUCGAUCGUGCUCUCCUUCGUAACACAGAACAAAGUCUUGAAGCUUGCUUCAGUAGCGCAGCUCACCAAGAAUUUAGAUUGAAAAAUGCAGUUAAAAUCUCGAUCGUACUUUGUGAAGAGAAUCUCAAGCUUUAUAAAAUGUGGAAGCAAUUUUUAAUUGGUUUUUUAGUUAUUCACAUCAAAGCUCAACAUAUCUCAGAUAAGCCAUGUCCGGAACGUCCAAUUCAACAAAACUUUGAUAUUGAAAAAUAUACAAGUGGAGGUUCCUGGUAUGACAUUUUACAUUACGAAGCGAGAUUCUCGAAAGGUUGCAACUGUGGACUUGCUAAUUACACCUUGAAUGAAGAUAAAACUGUUGAAGUGCUGAAUUGUUGCAAAUAUUUAGCAAAUACAACUUUACAUUGCACCAAUGGUGCUGCCAAAGCAAGUGAACCUGAUCAUGUACCAUUAGAAGGAAAACUUAAUGUCGCCUUUUUCAAUCGACCUGCUAACGUGUCAAAUUAUUGGGUUCUUUCAACUGAUUACGAUAACUAUUCGAUCGUUUAUUACUGCAAGAAUAUUGAUGAUAACAAAUCAAGAGAACUUGCAUGGUUACUUUCAAGAAAGCCAUUAUUAGACCAAUUAGAUGAAACUGUUAAAACUACUGCUUUAGGCUUGAUUGAAACUCACUUCGAUAGAAGCAAAAUGUAUGAGUCUGACCAAAGUGCUGAACGUUUGAUUUUUUCGGUUAUUGAAGUUAACUGCCAAGCAGCUAUUACUUACCAACAAAAAACGUAUCAACUUGAAACAUACCAAAGUGGAUCAUGUGCGGGUAUAUUUUAUGGUAUGUCGAAUUUUGACAUGAAUCGCUUCUUAGGGGAGUGGGUGGAAUAUUUUCGUUUCGUUUACCCUGACACUGGAGGUGAUUGUGUUAGAAAUUAUUACUCGCUAAAUGCUGGAACUACUUACAACCUCACUGAAACGAAAAAGUAUUUAGAAACUGGCACGAAUGUUACCGAAGAAUUUAUUGUGCAACUGGCGGAUCCUUCGUCAAACCGUGGGAAAUUAUUAGUCACCAAUAAAUUUAAUUACUUAUAUGUCGAAGCGACCGAUUAUGAUAGGAUAGCAGUUAUUCAAGUUUGUGAGGAAAUCACUGCAUCUACAUAUAAUACUUAUUUGUGGAUACUUGCCCGCCCGGGAUACCCACUAACUCGUGAUGAUAUUACAAUCACUGGCAAUGUUGGUGUGAGAGAUACCAUUCAGGAUUCAAGAUGCGGUUCUUCAGCGGUUGUUCCAAGUGUGUUGGCACUUCUUGUAGCGUUUGUAGUCCAAAAAUAUUUUCAUUUCAUUUUCUAAAUUCUGAUUGAGCGAUGGAUUCAAUUAAAAUUGAAUUAUUAUAAUUAUGAAUUGUGUUUUAAGUCUAUAGCAAAGACAUAAAUAAAAUGUUGAACAUUUAAAUAACCAAUGGCUGGUUGUGGCACAGGGAAA